CCAUUUUGUGGUGAAGUAGAUAACUGGGAACUUCACGCCGCAACACUCCCAUUUUCACCUUUUUCCCUCUCAUCGGAGAGAAUAGGGUGGCGCAUGCACACUAAAGCAAAGCCAAACCCCCACUUGUCAUCUCUCUUUCUAGUUUCUAUAUAUAUGUACACAUUCACACGUUAUAUGACACAUACAUAGGUAGACACAUAAGUUACCAAGCCGUUGUAGAGCUCAAAUCUCAAUGGCCCUUCCGAGACACUCAAAAGGAACCAAGGAGAGCAGCACAUUCAAUGAAGCUUUUGGUUUUUGAGUUUUUGGGAGUGGAUCAACUUGGCCCCAGAUCUUCAAUUUGUUUGAUUGUUGCAAAGUGUCAUCCUUUCUUCUGAUUACUAUCUUCUUGGGUUGGUUCUUGGGUUGGUUACCUUUUGUCAUUGAGAAAUGUUGACUUGCAUUGCGUGUACCAAGCAACUCAACAAUGGAUCUCUUGGCCAAGAAGAAGAGGAAGAAGCUGUGCACACUCCCAGCACCAAGCAAGCCAUCAAGGCUCUCACUGCUCAGAUCAAGGACAUGGCAGUGAAGGCUUCUGGGGCCUAUAAGAGCUGCAGACCUUGUUCGGGGUCUUCCAAUGGUAACAGGAAUAGGAAGUAUGCAGAUUCAGAUAUGGGGUCAGAUUCAGCAAGGUUCAACUGGGCCUACCGCAGAACUGGGAGUUCCAAUUCAACCCCAAGGAUGUGGGGGAAGGAAAUGGAAGGUGGUAGGGUGAAAGGGCUUUCCAGUGGGGAAGGAACACCGGCAUCAGUGAGUGGACGCACUGAGUCAGUGGUGUUCAUGGAGGAGGAUGAGCCUAAGGAGUGGAUUGCACAAGUGGAGCCUGGUGUGCUUAUUACUUUUGUUUCGUUGCCUCAGGGAGGGAAUGAUCUCAAGCGGAUACGGUUCAGUCGUGAAAUGUUUAAUAAAUGGCAAGCUCAGAGGUGGUGGGCAGAGAAUUAUGACAAGGUCAUGGAGUUGUACAAUGUUCAAAGGUUCAAUCAGCAAGCAGUUCCCCUUCCAACCCCACCAAGAUCUGAAGAUGAGAGCUCAAAGAUUGAAUCUGCUAGGGACAGUCCUGUAACUCCUCCACUCAGCAAAGAGCGUGCACACCGUCACUUUCACCAACCAAUGGGAAUGGGCUACUCCUCAUCAGAUUCACUGGAUCACCACCAAAUGCAGUCUCACCCUUGCCACGAAACAAGCGGUCUGGCAUUAGCGCCUAAUGUUUCCAACAUUAGUGCACCAAAGACAGAAAGAUCAUCCAUCGAUGCUUCAGUAAGGACUAGUUCAUCGGAAGAAGAAGAUCACUCGGGCGAGUUUUCAAUCAGCAAUGCCAGUGACAUGGAAACUGAAUGGGUUGAACAGGAUGAACCAGGAGUAUACAUCACUAUUAGAGCACUUCCAGGUGGAACCAGAGAACUCAGGCGUGUUCGGUUCAGCCGGGAAAAGUUUGGAGAAAUGCAUGCGAGAUUGUGGUGGGAAGAGAACCGUGCUAGGAUACAAGAACAAUACUUGUGACUGUGACUAUAGAAGAGCCUUUACACAGAUAACUGCUUCAGCAGGCUAACACAGUACAACUUGGAAAGCUUUACAACAGUAUUGUGCAUUAUUAUUCUAGGUCCUGUUACCUUAUUUUUGGUGGAUAAUUUGCAUGUAACUGCUACUUUCAACUUUGUAGUUCACUUCAGCUGUCGAGAAAUGCAGUAUGAUAGUAGUGAUGAUAUUUUAGUUUUAGUUAAAACUUUCCAAUGUCUAAUGUUUUCCAUUUUGUAUGAAUUUUGAACUAUUCCAAGUGAGAUAACAAGUCUGGUUCU